UUUAAACCACUGCAAAAUAAACCCAUUUGAUAAGGCUCUGGGACCAACGCUGGGCGAACCAGCUCCGCUCCGGAGGGGUCUGCGCGGCUGGCCUCGCCCGCCCCCUAGCGGACCCGUGCGAUAGUGCAGCCUCAGCCCCAGCGCACAGCGCCGCAUCCAGACGCUGUCCGCGCGCGCAGCCUGGGAGGCGCUCCUCGCUCGCCUCCUGUACCCAUCCAGCGACCAGCCAGGCUGCGGCGAGGGGAUUCCAACCGAGGCUCCAGUGAGAGACCUUAGCUUAGCAUCACAUUAGGUGCAGCCGGCAGGCCAUCCCAACUCGGGCCGGGAGCGCACGCGUCACUGGGGCCGUCAGUCGCCGUGCAACUUCCCCGGGGGGAGUCAACUUUAGGUUCACCUGCGGACUCGGUGCAGUGGAAGCCGCUGAACAUCCCAAGGAACUGGCACGCUGGGGGCUCUGGGCUUGUGGCUGGUAGAGGAUUCCCGCUCAUUUGCAGUGGCUCAGAGGAGGGUGGACUCAGCAGAUCCGUCCGUGGAGUCUCCAGGAGUGGAGCCCCAGGCGCCCCUACACCCUCCGACACGCCGGAUCCGGCCCAGCCGCGCCAAGCCGUAAAGGGCUCGAAGGCCGGGGCGCACCGCUGCCGCCAGGGUCAUGGAGGGUGCGCUCGCAGCCAACUGGAGCGCCGAGGCAGUCAACGCCAGCGCCGCGCCGCCGGGGGCCGAGGGCAACCGCACCGCCGGACCCCCGCGGCGCAACGAGGCCCUGGCGCGCGUGGAGGUGGCGGUGCUGUGUCUCAUCCUGUUCCUGGCGCUGAGCGGGAAUGCGUGUGUGCUGCUGGCGCUGCGCACCACACGCCAGAAGCACUCGCGCCUCUUCUUCUUCAUGAAGCACCUAAGCAUCGCCGACCUGGUGGUGGCAGUGUUCCAGGUGCUGCCGCAGUUGCUGUGGGACAUCACCUUCCGCUUCUACGGGCCCGACCUGCUGUGCCGCCUGGUCAAGUACUUGCAGGUGGUGGGCAUGUUCGCCUCCACCUACCUGCUGCUGCUCAUGUCCCUGGACCGCUGCCUGGCGAUCUGCCAGCCGCUGCGCUCGCUGCGCCGCCGCACCGACCGCCUGGCAGUGCUCGCCACGUGGCUCGGCUGCCUGGUGGCCAGCGCGCCGCAGGUGCACAUCUUCUCUCUGCGCGAGGUAGCUGACGGCGUCUUCGACUGCUGGGCCGUCUUCAUCCAGCCCUGGGGACCCAAGGCCUACAUCACGUGGAUCACGCUAGCUGUCUACAUCGUGCCGGUCAUCGUGCUCGCUGCCUGCUACGGCCUUAUCAGCUUCAAGAUCUGGCAGAACUUGAGGCUCAAGACCGCUGCAGCGGCGGCGGCCGAGGCGCCAGAGGGCGCGGCGGCUGGCGAUGGGGGGCGCGUGGCCCUGGCGCGUGUCAGCAGCGUCAAGCUCAUCUCUAAGGCCAAGAUCCGCACGGUCAAGAUGACUUUCAUCAUCGUGCUGGCCUUCAUCGUGUGCUGGACGCCUUUCUUCUUCGUGCAGAUGUGGAGCGUCUGGGAUGCCAACGCGCCCAAGGAAGCCUCGGCCUUCAUCAUCGUCAUGCUCCUGGCCAGCCUCAACAGCUGCUGCAACCCCUGGAUCUACAUGCUGUUCACGGGUCACCUCUUCCACGAACUCGUGCAGCGCUUCCUGUGCUGCUCCGCCAGCUACCUGAAGGGCAAACGCCUGGGAGAGACGAGUGCCAGCAAAAAGAGCAACUCGUCCUCCUUUGUCCUGAGCCAUCGCAGCUCCAGCCAGAGGAGCUGCUCCCAGCCAUCCACGGCGUGACCCACCAGCCAGGGCCAGGGCUGCAGCCUGAGGCUCAGGCUGUGCUGGCAUAAGUGCUCUGCUCCUAGGUGAUGGCGUAUGUUUGUGUAUAAGGUACCUAUCAGUUUAUAUCCCUCCACAACUUGGGGUGGCUUCAGUGGGGUGGAGAGUGGCCUCCAUGAUGGAAGAUGAUAGGGGACUCAGCCACCAGACAACGCCCUGGCCUCCUACACGUACUUCUACCACCCUGAACCCACUGCUACCCUGGGCAGUGAGUGGCUUGUUUUUUCUCCUGGACUUGUAAUUUCACUCCAGUAUAUUUUUACUUCUUUAUUCUGGGAUAUUGUGAAAAGCGGUAAAUAUAGGAUUGGUGACCAAUUGGGUCAGGAAGUCCAGUGUUCUGGACUUGGGGUAAGCAGUGGGGUUGGGACCUCAGAUGGGGAGGGUGGUGCUAAGAUCCUCCUGACCUCAAAGUGUAUUUGCCUUUAAGCGAACAAAUGCUGGGGUCCUUGGGGACCAGCUUGUCAGAGGGUAGCCCUAGGAGAAGGAGAUUCCCUUGUAAGACCAUCUGGCACAGCGGACCUAUUAGAGCUUGGGUUAAAAAUGUUUAAGAAGCAUUUGGGAAAGAAAAAGAAAUAAAUGUAUCCAGAUAGGAAAAGAAGAAGUAAAACUAUUUGCAGAUGACACCGUUUUGUAUAUAGAAAAUCCUAAGGAACACACACACACACACACACACACACACACACACACACACACACACACAGCUAUUAGAACUAAUAAGCAAGUUCCGCAAGGUUUCAAGAUACAAGAUCAAUAUACAAAAACGAAUUGUAUUUCUUUAUACUAGCAACAAACAAUAUGAAAACGAAGUUAAAUAAUUCCAUUUAUAAUACAUCAGAAAGAAUAAAAUAGGAAUCAACUUAACAAAACAAGCGCAAGACUGAAAACUACAAAAUUUGAAAGAAAUUAAAGAAGGCUUAAAUGAAUGGAAAGACAUGCUGUGUUCAUGGAUCAGAUUCGGUAUUGUUAAGAUGGCAAUACUAUCCUAACUGACAUACAGAUUCAGUGCAAUCCUUAUGAAAAUCAUAGCUGGCUUCUUUACAGAAAUUGAUAAGCUAGUCCCAAAAUUCAUAAAGAAAUGCAAGGGACCCAGAAUAUCCAAAUAAGCCUUGAAAAAGAACAAAGUAGGUGGAUUCACACUUCCUGAUUUCAUAAUUUACGAUAAAGGUAAUCAGCUCAGUGUGUUACUGGUUUAAGGAUAGACAUACGGAGUAGAAUAAAGAGUACAGAUAUGAACACUUAUACUUACGGUCAAUUGAUUUUUGACAAGGUUCCCAAGACAAUUCAAUAGAGAAAGGAGAGUCUUCAACAAAUGGCGCUGAGACAAUGAUAUGCAAGUGCAAAAGAAUGAGGUUGGACCUUUACUCACACUAUGUGCAAAAAUCAACUCGAAACGCAUCCAAGAUCUAAAUAUAAGAGCUGAAACUAUAAAAUCUUAGAAAGAAACAUAGGCAUAGAUCUUUGUAACCUUGAAUUAGGCAGUGGUUUCUUAGAUAUGACACCAAAGACACAAGCGACCAAUGGAAAAAUAGGUAAAUUGGACUUAAUCAAGAUUUGAAGCUUUUGUGAUUCAAAAGACCCUAUCAAGAAAGUGAAAAGAUAACCUGCAGAAUGGGAGAAAAUAUUUGCGAGUCAUAUAUAUGAUAAGGGACUUGUAUCUGGAAUAUAUAAAUAACUCUUAUAACACAACAAUAAGGAGAAAAAUAAAUCAAUUUAAAAAAUGGGCUAACGGUUUGAAUAGACAUUUCUCCAAAGAAGAUAUGCAGAUGGCUAAUAAGCACAUGAAAAAAUACUCAACAUUAUUAUUCAUUAGGGAAAUGCAAGUCAAAAUCACAAUGAGAUUCCAGUUUACAAUCACUAGGAUGGCUACAAUAAAAAGAUGGACAACAACAAGUGUCGGUGAGGAUGUAGAGAAACUGGUAGAAAUUUAAAUUGUUGGUGGGAAUGUAAAUGGUGCACCUGCUUUGGAAAACAGUUUGGCAGUACCUCAAAAAGUUAAAUGUAGAGUGACCAUAUGACCCAGGAAUGCCACUCCUAGGUAUUUACCCAAGAGAAAUGAAAACGUACAUACACACAAAAACUUGUACACCAAUGUUCAUAGCAACAUUAUUUGUAAUAGCCAAAAAGUGGAAACAACCCAAAUGUCUACCAACUGAUGAAUGGGAAAUAAAAUGUGGUCUAUCCACACAAUGGAACAUUAUUAGACUCUAAAAAGAGAUGAAGUACUGACACAUGCCACAACAUGGAUGAGCCUUGAAAACUUGCUAAGUGAAAGAAGCCAGGUGCAAAAGACCACAUAUUGUCUGAUUGCAUUGAAAUGCAAUGUCUAAAAUGGACGAAUCUAUAUACAGCGAAUAUAGAUUAGCGUUUGCCAGGGCCUGGAGGCUAUGAGAGAUGAGGCAUGACUACUAAGGGUUUGGGGUUUCUUUUUCGGGUGAUGAAAAUGUUCUGAAAUUAGUGGUGAUUGUGCACGAUUUUGAGAAUGUACUAAAAACCAAUGAACUUUAAAAAAUAAAAAUAAAAAAAUUCAACAGAUGAAUUCAGAGAA